AUGUAUCUAUUGAAACCAAAUAGAAUAUGUUUUUCAGGAUUAUAUAAUAACAAAUUUAAAACAAAAAUUGGAUUUUUUAGUCCUAGUAAAACCUUUAAUGAAGUUAGAACGGACUAUAGUAAACUUACAGUUCAAAAUUCCAUAGAUUCUGAUGGGAACUUAAAAAAUUCUAAUAUCAUCAAUUAUGGAAUCUUCGUUCCUAAAGAUUCUUUGAAAUUAGAGUUAUUGAAUAGAAAGCAAAUCAAAUUAUCAAAUCGUCAAAAAUGUUCGUUUUCCAUUUCAACAUUUCAUAAUGAUUUGUUCAGAAUACAAAGAUUUCCAAAAAAUAAAGCAUAUGUAACGCAAUUUAAAAGAUGGUUCAGAAGAGGCUCCAAUAUAUUAUUGCUUUCAGAUAACGUUUUCGCAAAAAUUCCCAAAGUUCAGAUGAUAAUUCAUUAUGACCUCCCUGGAACUUUGGAUAUUUUUGCAAAGAGAUUAGCACCAACUAAAUGUAACUUGUUUUUCUAUGGAAAAACAGAUAAAUUAUUCAUGGCACAGCUGCAUAAUUAUCUAAAGGUUAUAAUUGAGGAUUGGACCCUUCCUUCAACCAAAAGUGUAGUGGAAUCGUUCUUGAAUCAACUGGAGGAGAUUUUCACUGGUAAAAAUGACACCGCAAAUGAAUGUUCUCCGGAUACAGAACAACUUCAAAUAAAUGAAGAAGUUAAUAAAACAGAAAGUUGCUUACCUGAGGAAGAAAAUCAAAAAUUAAAGAAAGAAUUGAGUACAGUCGAUAAUAAAAUCAAAAUUUUUGAAAACUUUGACAAGAAAAGUCUUCUUGCAUCAUUGCUUUACAUGAUACACAACAAGUUUAAGGAUAAUAAGAUCAGACAGUAUUUAAUAUACGAUCCUAAAUUCAAGCUUUUCAAAACCAGAGAAAUGCUUAUUAAGUACCUAAAAGACAAUGAAGUGCCCUAUAGUUCAGUGAAUUUGUCAAAAAAUGGUUUUGUUGUCGAGUCUCUCAGUGAAAUAUCACUUCCAUUUUCCACUCCAGUGAUGAAAUAUAAAAAGUUCACAACCCAUAUUAAUAAACUUAGGAAAUUAAUCAGGAAGUCAUACCUCUCUUCUGCAUUGGGCCGAAGGUACCAUACCUCAACAUUAGUAUCAUUUAUCUUUAGGAAAUAUUUUAAAAAGUUGGUUAAGGAUCAUGAAAGAAGAAUAAUUAGCAAGCUAAAGUUAUAA